GCCGAUUUGUUUAAAUCGAUGGAUACUAUUGUUUCGAUGCAUUACAAGAGACAAGAAGUCUGUACUUUCGAUAAACUGAAAGAUUCGGUCGAAAGGAUGACCGGCAAGAAGUUUGACACUAAAAGAUUGGCUCAAAUCCAAACAGUCUUCAGCAAUGGGUUUAAAGUGAAAUACGAAAUGUUUUCCAGUAUUUUAGACAAUCGUAAACCCAGUUAUCAAUUGAUUAUAACUCCUGUCUAUAACACAGACAUCAGAAUGAAUUCAAUUCAUCUCUUAGAGAGGUAUCAGUUGUUUGUCGCGAAUCUGUUGGACAUCACGAAAGGACAUCACAGGAGAUAUUUGGAAGGCGUGGGCAUUCAUGUCGAGGACAAGGAGUUGGUCCGAUGGCACCCGAAGUUUAGGUUGGAUUCAGUGCCAGAUAUCGUCCCAAACGUGAAUGCAUUGCCUGUCGAACCAAAACUGGGAGAGAAGACGGCGGAAGUGUUCUUAGAGAACACGAAACAGCGGUUAGGCAUCACAUCGACGACUGCCACCGCAGAUGACAAUAAAGAUAAUGACAUUGACUCUAAUAAUGACAAUAAAACGACGGCUUCUAAUCAGAAGAUAACCAAAGGAUUACUUAAGGGAAUUUCAAUGGAUUUGUUAAACAAAAUCCGAGCGAAAGAAGCGGCAAAUUUGGUUCAAGAGAUGACUCGAAAGCCCGAAGUGGAGACAGAGCUUAGGAUUCUUCGGUCUUUACCCGAAUUUAUUCGAAUUAUUCACACGUUUUUCAUCGGCACUAAGAAGUUACGGCAGGGAAUGCUUGUUGAGCAGUUAUUUGACUAGUCAUCAAAGUUAUGCUCAGAUAGGUAUGGCUCUCGGUCUCUCGUGCACCUGAUGAACAAGGCGAAAUACGGGCUGACCUAGAAGAAUAACCAUGUGAAGAAAGGCAGUUAUGUUAAGAUCAAUAAAGACAUGACUGUCUCCGCACUCGAACACAGAAUCAAACAAAGGAUCAAUCAUCUGAAGAACUAAUUUACUUACAAAUUGCAUUUUUAUCGUAUUUCAAAACCACAACUUUUUAACAAUAUUAGAUUUU